UAGAAUCCAUCCAUCAUCAGAACCAUCGCGAAAUGGCGAUCGGAAAGCAUAUCUAUCUCAUCAUCUUCGGGGUUUCUUCUUUUUGGAAACGGAGAGUGUGAGAGAGCGAUCCCGAGCAGCGACGACUACCGGUACAAUGAGCACUGGCGGUUUCCGGUACACAUGAGCAGCGACGAACAUUGCCACGCACUCGAAACCAUCGAAACAGGUCAUGCGACAAUUUCCCACGGUGCAUGACAAAUUCCUAAGUAAGUCUCUAUUGAACAAAACAUAUCGAGUCUGAUUUCAUCCCCACCACCGGCCGUUCAAAGUCAGGCAUCUUAAAAAUUAAAGAACCUCAGCCAUGGAAGCUGGGGCAAUUCCAAGAACGCAACCAUUGUUGCUCCUGAUUAUCCCAUCAACCCCGACCAAAUAUAACUUCCCAAUUUCACUUCCCAAUUAUUCUUCAUCUUCAAUUUUCACUCUUUCUGCAACCCCGAGAGGUUUUGGCUAUGUUGCCUCCAAAAAGAGAAGCAAAAAAUCCUCCAAAAAGAAACUGCCCUUCAGAGACGAAGACGAAGACGAAAAUGAAGAUGAUUAUGAACAAGGGGUGGUUCCGGAGAUGGUGACGAAUCGGAUGAUUAGGAGGAUGGGGUUCACGGUGGGGAUCCCUUUGACGGUAGGGCUGCUCUUCUUCCCUUUCUUUUACUAUCUUAAGGUUGGUGCUAAGGUUGAUGUGCCCAAUUGGGUGCCCUUCAUUGUCUCCUUCAUCUUCUUUGGGACUGCCCUCUUGGGGGUCACCUAUGGUAUUGUGUCCUCCAGCUGGGAUCCUCUUAGGGAGGGAUCUCUUUUGGGCUGGAAUGAAGCCCAGAGGAAUUGGCCUGUUUUCUUGCAAUCUUUUUGGACCGGUGGAUCCAAAAAACAAUAGUGUGUUUGAUGAUGAUGAUAAUAAUAAUUCAAUCUCACUCUUAUGUCGAGACCGUUUACUCAAGUUGUUUGUAAUUUGCCGUUUGCUGCUAAGCUAGUUAUUGACAAUAAUACAUAGAUUUUGUGUGUUUGCUUGCCUUGCAAUCUGAAGUUACUUGUAACAAUAUUUAUUGGGAAAAGUUCCAUCGACACGAAUAAGGCUUUGUUAUUGUU